GAAAAUAAUAAGACAGCAGUGAAGAGUCUCACAUCACCAGCUGGGUUUCAAUAAGUGGGCAUUGGGUUUCCUUUAAUGAGAUUAGACUGGUAAGAAAAGAAGAGGACUAUUACUGGUACCUUAUGAGUGAAACCAUGAUGCGUGGGUCCACAAUGGCAUUGCAUUCUCUAAUGAGCCUGGCAUUGCUGUUCCUCAGUGUUAUUGGUGACCCAGACCAAAAGGACAAAAUAGUAUGGACAGCUAGGAUUAAACGGCAAGCCACAGAUGAUAGUGGCAACAGCAACAACAAUCAGAGCCAGCCCAUGAUCUUCAACCAUGUGUACAAUAUUAAUGUUCCACUAGAGUCCCUGUGCACAGUGGAUCUGGACUCAAAGGGAUCCAUAGAGAGUGAUCAAUCAGGUGAGGAGUACAAGGAGCAAUCAAUGGAUUCGGACAGCCAAGUGACUUUUACCCACAGCAUCAACAUCCCCAAGGCAGUGUGUUCAUGCCCAGCUUCAGCCAUGCUGCAGGAGCUAGCCAGUCGCAUAGAGAUGCUGGAGAGAGAAGUUUCACUGCUCAAAGUACAGUGUAGCAGUGCUUGUUGUGGAGAUAACUUAGUCCUGGGCCGACUGGAUUUUGGUCCUCACUGCAGUGGCCAUGGCACCUUCAGCAUGGAUGUUUGUGGCUGUGUGUGUGAUGAAGGCUGGAUGGGAAAGAACUGCUCCGAACCACAAUGUCUGGGGAACUGCUCUGGCCAGGGUGCAUGUAUUGAAGGCGAGUGUGUGUGUGAGAGUGACUUCACUGGAGAAAACUGCUCAGAGCCCAGGUGCCCUGGUGACUGUUCAGACCAGGGUAUGUGCAUCGCUGGAGAAUGUGUCUGUGAGGAGGCCUACACUGGAGAUGACUGUUCCAUGAACAGAUGUCUGAAUGACUGCUCUGAGCAGGGGCUCUGCAUCAAUGGAACGUGCCAGUGCAGACUGGGAUUCCUAGGUGAAGAUUGCUCACGCAUCUCCUGUGUUAACAACUGCAGCUACAAGGGAGAAUGUAGAGCUGGAUUCUGUGUGUGCCAUGAAGGUUACAUUGGAGAUGAGUGUGCUUCAGUGGCACCACCUAUGAAUUUGCAAGUGCAUGGAGUGACGGAUCGUUCUAUUGACAUAGAGUGGGAGGGGUCAUCAGCUGCAACAGACUAUUUGAUCACCUACUCUUCAACAAGCCCGGAUGGAGUACAGCUGGAAUUGAGAGUUCAAGGCAAAGUGACCAACACCACCAUCUGCAAGCUGCUGCCGGGUCUGGAGUACAACAUCAAUGUGUACACUGUCAUUGAUGAGGUCAUCAGUGUGCCAGUCAGCACCUUGGUCUCAACUUAUCUUUCAAAUCGUGAUGGUCUUCUCUUCAAAUCUAUCAUGGAAACAUCAGUGGAGGUUCAGUGGCAACCCUUUGACUACGGGUUUGAUGGUUGGGAAAUAAGCUUUAUUCCCAUGGACAAUGAUGGACAAAUGACAACCCAGCUGCCCAACAACAUUACAUCCUACAACCAGACUGGUCUGAGGCCUGGUGAGGAGUACACUGUAAAUCUGGUGGCACUUAAAGACCAAGGCAGAAGCCAACCUGUCACCACCACUGUUACUACAUUAAUUGAUGGACCGACCAAGCUUAUGAUCCGUGAUGUCUCAGACACUGUGGCAUUUGUUGAAUGGACUCUGCCCAGGGCCAAAGUGGAUGAAAUAAUCUUGCGAUAUGGAAUAGUGGGUUCUGGUAGACCAAAGACCACAUUUCAUCUGGAGGCAACUCUGAGUCAGUACUCACUACAAGUUCUGAGGCCAGGCUCUAGAUAUGAAGUGUUGGUUAGCAGCUUUCACAAGGGCGUCGAAAGUAGAAUUGUUUCUGCCGAGUUUAUCACAGGACUGUUUUUUUUUUUAUUUACAGAGAUCGAUCCACCCAAGCACUUGCGGGUAGUUUCUAAGACUUCCACAUCUCUGGAGCUGGAGUGGGAGAACAGCAAGGCUGUUGUGGAGUACUAUCAUGUUGUGUACAGUACACUGGCUGGAGAUCAGUACAAUAAAAUUAUAAUCCUGCGUGGCAAUGGAACCACAACCAAGACAACUCUCACAAAUCUGCAGCCAGGCACUGAAUAUGGCAUUGGAAUAUCAGCCAUUCUGGGUACCAACCAAAGCAACCCAGCCACAAUGAAUGCCAGGACAGGUUUGGAUAUCCCCAUGGAUCUGAUGGUCACAGCCUCCACAGAAAACAGCAUCACUUUACUCUGGGGUUCUGUUCAGGGACCUAUUGAAUAUUACAGAGUGAGCUACACCUCAACUAAUGGUGUGACGACUGAAAUAACCGUACCCAGUGAUAUCAGCAGCACCACACUGAGUGGCCUGGAGCCUGGUACUGAGUACACCAUCACAGUCAUGGCUCAGAGGGGCAGACAACAAAGUGCUGCGGCCACAAUUGAUGCCUUUACAGGCUUCCGUCCUGUGAGUCAGCUAUACUUCUCAGACAUCACGGCUAAUUCCGUGGCUGUAUCCUGGAAUGCUCCGGCCCCACCUGCCAGUAGUUUUCACCUGCAGUACUCAACAGAUGAUUCCUAUGAGGAGGUGGAAGUCGUUUUGGAUGGUUCCAAGACCAAGACUAUCGUUUCAGGGCUUCUGCCUGCCAGAAAAUACACAGUUACUCUAGUCACCAUGCAUGGAGACACAGCUUCAGAGCCAGUUACAGGCACCAUUGUCACAGGUAUGGACCCUCCCAGAGAGAUUAUGGUAUCAUACAUCUCUGAGGAUUCAGUAACUGUGUCAUGGGCUCAGCCACUUGCUCACUUUGAUUACUACAAAAUGUCCUACCGAUCUGCUAGAGGUCAGUUAGACACUCUGGUGAUUGACAAGGAUGUGACAAACUAUACUUUGACAAGACUCCAUCCAGCAACAGAAUAUGACAUCAAGUUAAACACUGUGCGUGGAAGCCAGGAGAGCAAGGUCAUCAGCAUCAAUGUCUUUACAGCAAUGGACAUGCCAAUGGAACUUAUGGCCCUGAACGUCACUCCACAAGGAGCACUGUUGCGCUGGACUUCUCCACUCUCAAAUGUGGAUAACUAUGUACUUACCCUCACCUGCAACCAAGUCACAGCUGACACAUUCCUAGUGGAAGGAAAUAAGCAGGAACAUCAACUGAGUCACCUUCUCCCCAGCACUCCCUACUCCAUUGCUCUCUAUGCCACUAAGGGCCCUUUGACCAGCGGAACCGUUCUCACCAGCUUCAUCACCCCCAUGGAUGCCCCACAGAAUCUGACUGCCAGUGAGGUCAACCAUCGUAGUGCCCUCAUCUCAUGGCAACCGCCCAUUGCAGACAUUGUCAAUUACAUGCUGACCUAUAAGUCAGCUGAUGGAAGCCGCAAGGAGCUAAGUCUGGAUCCUGAGGACACAUGGAUCCGUCUGGAGGGACUAGCUGAAUCUACAGAGUACACAGUGAGACUGCAAGCAGCCCGAGGCCUUGAAACCAGUGCCAUUGUCUCUACAUCCUUCACAACUGGAAACCGGUUGUUUGCUGUUCCGCAGAACUGUGCCCAGCAUCUGUUAAAUGGCGAGCUGCUCAGUGGGGUUUACACUGUCUACAUCAACCGUGAGCCCAGUCAGGGUUUACAGGUCUAUUGUGACAUGACUACAGAUGGUGGUGGCUGGAUUGUGUUCCAGCGCCGCCAGAAUGGCCUAACUGAUUUCUUCAGGAAGUGGAGUGAAUACAGGACUGGAUUUGGAAAUUUGGAGGAUGAGUUCUGGCUAGGUUUAGAUAAUCUUCACAAGAUUACAUCUCAGGGGCACUAUGAGCUUCGAAUUGACAUGAGAAAUGGCCAGGAGGCAGCAUAUGCCAAUUAUGACCGCUUCACUAUUGGAGACUCCAGAGGCCUCUACAAAAUAAGGAUAGGGGAAUACAAUGGCACUGCUGGUGACUCUCUGAGUUACCAUCACGGACGGCCUUUCUCCACUAAAGACAAGGAUAAUGACAAUGCUGUGACUAACUGUGCACAUGCCUACAAAGGAGCCUGGUGGUAUAAAAACUGUCACAGGGUCAACCUAAAUGGAAAAUAUGGAGAGUCUAGACACAGUCAGGGUAUCAACUGGCACAUGUGGAAAGGCCAUGAGUUCUCUAUCCCAUUUGUGGAGAUGAAGACAAGACCAUAUAAUUAUCGCAGCAUCAGUGGCAAGCGAAGGCGGUCCGCUCAACAUUAAUCCCUUGUUUUAUGUCUUACUAGCUGUUCCUAUUUUUACAUAAAAGGAAAAGUAAGGCUGUUGUUGAUCUUUUUUGGAGAAUUGCAUUUAAAUGAUAGGCCUUUUGAAUAGUUCUCUUCUCUGUGAAGCUUUUGCCCCCUAAAGGUGUUUAAAUAAAUAAAAAAGCAUAAAAAAGGCUCCUAGAUGAAGUGUAGUUGAGUCUGGGGAAAGAACAUGAAUAAACAUUACAUACAUGACAGUGUUACUUUACGGAAAAAGAUUUUAGAACCAAAUCACUACUCAGAAGAAGGGGAAAUUAUAUUUUUAUAACUGAAAUGCUAUAAAAUAUGAAAAUGGUUUACAUGCAAAAUUUUGGGACUGUUUUUUAUCUGAAAUUUGUUUUGAGUAUAGUACUUUAAUUUAUUUUGCUAUUUCACGCAUUCAUAGGGAAAGAAAUCCCCAAAGUGACAUUAUGAGGCGAUCUAGACUAUAUGAGCACAUUAUUUGUUUGAUUAUUUAAUUUUUUAUUUCUGUAAUUACUUUCUUGUCUUACUUGUCAGGGUUGUGAUAAAUCAGGAGCGUAUGCCAGGAAUACUGUGUCACAAUACAGUGCAGUGGCUGCUUAGUGAUUUAGGCUCUGGGUUACCAAGAAGAAUGAUGGAGUUCUGAUUGAAGUUUUUUCCAUUAUUAAGCUGUUACUGCUAAGCUCUUAAAAGAGGUCCUUAACCGUUUCUUGUAAUUUUGAUUCUUUUUACAAAUGUACACACCUAUAAACAUUUAGGGCAAGUAAAUGUAGACAGCAGGACUAUUGUCAGUUUUUUUGGACCAGAAGAAAACUUAAAGACAAGUAGAGUAGAGGGAAAUUUUCUACAGGUGAUAACUUGGACUUAAGGCUGAAUCAGCUGUGAGGCAGCGAUUUUAUUUUUAUUUAUUUUUUAGCAGUUAUUAUAAUUGAUUCCAUACGCAUAUAUAGUUAUUUAUCUAUUUCAAAUUUUACCAGUACAGAUUUUUACAGUACAGAUGUCCUUAGCACUUUAUGAUAAUUUGUGGGAUAUGUCUUAUUCCUCCAACCAGUAUCUGACACAUCCUAGGAACACUGAUCAUGAAGUGCAUCCUAAAUUGGACACCAGUCAUUUGAAGGGUCCACACACUUUACACACUCAGUUACUUCUAGUGCCAAUUUAUAUUAGGAAAUUCACCUAAGGCCAUAUUUUUGGAAGACAGGGAACCUAAAGAAAUGGCCACAAGGAGAGACCCUGAAGCUGUGAGGCAACCACCCUAUCCCACAAUCACUGUUUCUAUGCAAAAUCCAAAAUCUGUCCAGUUUAUUAGAUUUUCUGCUGCAAUGCAGUAUCAGUUUUGCCAGUUGGGCCUUCAGUGAGCUUUUACUUUGUACAAUGUAGAUCAAGAUAGACCACAUACAUCUGAAUUCUAUUAUAAAACAUACAGUAUGCUGUUG